CUUUUGCCAACAAAGAUACACAUUAUUAAUAACCCUUUCUCUCUCUCUCUUUCUUCUGCUGUCAUAAGCCAGCUGAAGUUAAAAAGAGCACUGGGUUUAUCUUUGGGAGGGAAAAAACAAAAGAGCUCUUGCUAACCCACUUGGCACACUUAAACAGAAGCUUCUUACAGAGGAACAGAAAUGGAGAAAAUGUUUGCAGGAGAUCAGAAUGGUUUACAAGGAGACCCAAGGUUGAAGGCCAUUUCUGAAGCCAUUAGAGUUGUUCCUCACUUCCCAAAACCAGGGAUUAUGUUCCAGGACAUAACAACACUGUUACUUGAUCACAAGUGUUUCAAAGAUACCGUGGAUAUCUUUGUUGAUCGUUAUAGAGAUAUGGCUAUCUCUGUUGUUGCUGGUGUUGAGGCUAGAGGAUUUAUGUUUGGCCCCUCAGUUGCAUUGGCUAUUGGUGCCAAGUUUGUUCCUUUACGUAAACCUAGAAAGUUGCCAGGAGAAGUGAUCUCCGAAGCAUAUGUGCUCGAAUAUGGCACUGACUGUCUGGAAAUGCACGUUGGAGCUGUUCAACCUGGGGAACGUGCCUUGGUUAUUGAUGAUUUGGUCGCUACAGGUGGGACUCUUUCUGCUGCAAUACGCCUAUUAGAACGUGUUGGGGCUGAAGUGGUUGAAUGUGCAUGUGUUGUUGGGCUGCGUGAGGUUAAGGGACAGCAUAGACUAAAUGGAAAGCCCUUGUAUAUUCUUGUGGAGCCACGCCAGCAGACAAAUUGUUCUGCACCUUCUGUUAAUGGAGUUGAAACAUGCAGGCAUGACGACGUCUACCUCUCUGCUACUUGAACAUAUGGGGUUUCUCAUUCUCAAAGCAAAAGUAUGGUUCCCCAUUCAAAUCCCAUUCCAAAAAUGUGAUUAGUUUUCUAUGCUUUUUCUUUUUUUCUUAACCACCCUUUGUUGUAAUCCUCUUUACCAGGAAACAUGUUCAGGUGUAUUUGUUGUUUAGGGUCUUUUAGUUUUUUUACAUUCUUCAUAGCUUUGAAUGAAUUGCUGUGGCAUGUCAGUACCUGAUUGUUGUUUAUUCAAUUUACCACAUCAAUAUGUCAGCUGUUUCCA